CAUGGGAUGAAAGCAUUAACCCCGACCCGACUGCAAAAUAAAAACGACUUUCACAUGCAUAUCCAUGCAUACGUUGUAAUUGUUAUGACUUUGUGUUGACUUUAACUAACAACAACGAUCUUACCAGUGCCUUUUAAAUGCCACAUAAGGAAACAACGAACGUGGAGAUGUCCCUCGACGAGUUUCUCUUAUCUUCUGAUGCUAGGUUCGUAACCACUGAAUUAUUACUAACCGAUUAUUAGUUAAAUUAAUAUAAAUUUUGUAAGGCUGAGCCAGGUACUGACCCGGAUACCCGGGAAAUAACGAGUGUUAACACCCUAGGUAGUGCCUACAUCACCUGCAAGAAGUGGAACCGGGUCCAGGAGGUAAAAAAAAAAAAUGAGUUAUCUUCUUCUAUAUAUUAAGGGCCCAUGAUCAAUAUAUUGAUUAUUUUGGCUCAUAUGCAUGUAGAGGGGAUUUGCAAUGUUUCUGUGCCUGUUUUGAUGAGAUUAUUUCACCGAUUGCCAGUGCCACUUAGUGAGGGUAUCAUGUAGCCUACUUAUUUUCUGUAACUGUACCUGUUCCAGCUAAUGUGGAAAAAAAAUGAAAAGUGUAUAUCUGCAUUUACAUAUUUUUUUUUUACAGAAUGUUUAUACAUUUUACCUGAAUUAAAUAAAUUAUAAUAGAAAAGUGAUUGCCAGUGCCACUUAGUGAGGGUAUAAUGCACUUAUUUUCUGUAACUGGACGUGUUCCAGCUAAUGUGGAAAAAAAAAGGAAAAGUGCAUAUCUGCAUUUACAUAUUUUUUUUUACAGAAUUUUUGUACAUUUUAUCCGAAUUAAAUAAAUUAUAAUAGAAAAGUGAAUUGACUAGUUCUUGGUGCAAUACAAAAUAAUAUCCUAUGUACUUUUUGUGAAUUUUUUGUAAAUAUUAAUUAUAUUUGAAUUUGUCUUUUAACAAGUUGCAUAUUUACAAUUAAUAUUUUGUUUCACAAUCUGACUAAGUGAUGAUACUUACUUAGAGCAAGUAGCCAAUUUUUUAAUUUAAAAAAAAAAAUCAUUUUUAAGUUCUGUCCAUAGAAUUCAAUAAUAGUAUUAAUAGUGAUGUAAUUUAAGGCUCAUUUAAUUUAAAACAUGAAACCAUUGGUUUAAUUGAAGGAAGGCUAGGAUGGUAUCACCAUGAUUAUGAUAUAAAUAUUUAUAAUAAUAUGCGUACAUUGGUAUCAGAAAAAUGAAAACUACUACCAACAAACAACCAGCAACACUAACAUACCGAAGAUCUGAUCCAUGUUUAAUUUAAUUUUUGUUAUAUAGGCCUAUGGGUUAGGGCAGUGUUCUCAAACUGUGGGGGAAUGUCGUCUUACAUAUAUUAGGGGUCGCUUGAGAAUUUUAGAAAUAAAUGUAUAUAUAUUUUUAAAAGGUGGGGGGGGGGUGUGUGUCCUAAAAUGUGCAUUAUGUAUUAUUUAAAUUUUUAAUUUUGAAAUUUAAAUAUUGAUUGCAGUGAUCAGACUGGUUGCUUAUUUUUACUAUACUCUCACUGCAUUACAUCUACUUAAAAUAAAAUAUAGGCCUUAAAUGUUUUUUAGAUGUUGGCAGCUAAUUUAAUAUAAAUAUUUUGGCAGUUUUUUUUCUUCUUUUUUUUUUAUAUUACAAUGUAUGUUAUAUGAUUUUAUGCUAAUUAUUUCUUCUGUUUCAUUUUCCCUUUAAAUUUAAAAGUUGUUGACGGCUUCCAUGCAAAACUAUGACCAAAUGUGUGACUUGAUGAAAACAUUUCUGGGUAUCAACCUACAGAGCCCCCUCUUCAGAACCUUCUACCUGCUUUAACAUUUAUUUCUGCUUCCCUUCAGUUCCCUUCAAAAACAAAAUACAUAUAGCUUUUUAUCCACAAAGAGAAAGAAAAAUAAAACCUCUGCAACCCCACCCCCCCUCCCCUCUCUUUUAAAGAAGGGUCACAGCACUAAAAAGGUUGAGAAUCGCUGGGUUAGAAUUAUAUUAUUAAGCUAUUUGUAUUUUGUAUCGUUCAUCUUUGAUGCCUUCGUGAUAGCUACAGAUUCUAAACAUGCACUUUUCAUUUCUUCCCAUUGUGUGGAAUAAAUUAAAGAAAAUGAGAAGAUAACUCCUUUUUGUAAAACCUGAAUCCUGAUUCGAACCUACCUGGUAUUGUAUUAAAAUACCUGGACCAGGACCUGGUGUAAAAAAACUGCACCUGACUCAGCCCUACUAAUCAGCCUACUUUAAACUAGUCUAGCGGCAUUUCCGUGUAUAAUUAGUAAUGAAUCCUGUAUUUAAUACUUUUUAAUUUAAUUUACUAUUAGUACACAAAUACUGUGUUACUAUAAUAAUGCUAAUACUAAUAGAUAUGUUGGUACUUUGUUGAGUGCAAGACAAGUACACUCAGUUCACUUGAUAUAAAUUAAAAUUUAAAAUAUUAAAUGGCAGGCUACAAUACCCAUGGGAAAUAAUUCAUUGUCUGUAUGAAAUUGUUAAGGAUCCAUCAAAGACCAAGUUUUUGUUUCCAUUAUUUAUUUUUGAUAUUCAUUUUGAUUCCCCUUUUAAAUAGCAGCUAUUUAAAUUUUUAAAAUGUAAAUAAUGUCAUGCAGUCAGUGAGACAUUGUGCUACUGUGGGGGUUUUGGUUAGAGUGAAACCUGGAAAUAAUGAACCUUGAAAUAGCAAUGUCCCUAGCAUAUGCUCUAAUUUGCCCCAACACAGAAUCAUUAUUUACUAUCACAUGUAAAUACCACCACUUUUACUUUGGUCCCAAAGGUUUGAGCUAUUUCCAGGUUUCACUAUAUAUAAAGGCUGCAUCUAUAGGUACCCGGGUACCUAUCAUCGCCAAUGACAAUUCGCACCCGGAGUGGCUCCGUACAUAUUAAAUGGCUUCGAAGCCGAAUGUGAUAACAAUAAUAGUAUGAGAAUUAUUUUUUGAAAUUGUUUUUUCUCCUUGUUUAUUUGAUUGAUUCAUAGUUUUAUUAUUUUUAGUUGUUUUUUUUAUUUUUGCUUUGUUAAUUUCUCUUAGUACCGGUAAUUUUUUUCUUUCUUAUUUUCUUUUUUUAGUUUAAGCCAUUUUCGUAGAUCAAUUAUUAUUUUUUUUUAAAUCGAGUAAUGAAGAUGAUUUAGAUACAUUUAUUGUUUUUAUUUGAAUUUUAGAAAAGUAAUAAUAUUAAUUUAAUUAUUAAAAUUAAAUCCUUUAUUUAAGAUUAUUUAUGUGUAUUGUUUAAGUUAAAAGAUUUAAUCACACAGUACUUUAUGAAUUAAUUAGGUAUUCUAAAUAAUGAAAAUUUCAUUCAUAAUGAAUUAAUUUCAACUAUUCCUCUAGAGAGCUUGGCUUAGUCAGAGCAAAACUACCAAUUUUAAACCUUUUCCUUGGCACUGGGAGUCAUACAUGCGGACACUAACUGUUUUUCCUGAUAUCUUGAAUCUCCUUUCAACAACCUUUCUCAUUUGACUUGACCUAAUUCACAAGGUAGUUGCAAUGAACAUCUUAAAGUUAAAGGAUGCCAUUGUAUAAAGUAUGAGGAGACUUAUUUUUGGAGGACUAGUUUUUUUUUUUUUUUUACCAUAUCUGUCUGCUGGGUCUAACACACUGGUACAUAAUUUAAUAGAAAAAAAACCCUUAACUGACUUGCAAACAUUUUUGUUUGGUUGUUAGUUAUUUGAGUUGUGUACUCAAGUAAUCCAUAAAAUAAAUUAGGGGCCAGUAUGGAGUAGGCAGCCAUUAAACUCAUUCAAUUAGGUCACAUCAUUCCUUUGCCAUUUGUCUCCUUUUACUUUCUCACCUUCCUUGUUGGUACCCGUACAGUUAACUAUUGUUUGUACGGUAUCAUUUCUUCAUUUAAGUACAGACGUAAUGAUUGAGUGGGAGCAAAUAUAUGUGAUCUGUGAAGGGAGUUUGGUUUCAAGGCAACUAAGUCAUGCCACAUUGAAAAUAAAAUACUGAUAACCUAAAUAAAUAGAGCCAUUGAAAAAAAUACAGUACAUACAAACCAUACACAAACAGAAAGACAAAAAUCCACUAAAUUUUAAAAAAAAAUUUGUUGUGACUUUUAUUGCAAAAAAUUAAACAUUUAAUACCAAUUUUGACUUUACGCAAAAUGAUUAAAAACAAAUUUGUAUUGCAUUGUAUUGUAAAUUAUUGUACUGUAUUGUAAAUGAAACUUGGCAUACACAUUAAGAAUAACAUUGACAAAAAGUUUAAAGAAGAUUAUUACACAGCAGUUAUUGGAAUUGUUACAAAUGGCAUGUAUGUGGGGGUCACAUAAAUAUUUGAGAACUCUUCAGGGGUAGCAAAUGUAAAAAUGUUAUAAAACUUUCUAGUUGGAUAUAUAUAUAUAAAAAAAAACCUCUUGAAUUUCGUAAAGAAUAUCAAUGAAAAGAAGCAUGCAAUGUUUGAAGGCUGUAGCUAGAAUACUUUCCCUUUCCGAUUCAUUUGGCGUUCCUUAAAAAAUCAGGAAAAUGCAAAAUUGAGAAAAAUGAAAAAAAAAAAUAAAAUAAAAUUGUGUUUUUUUAAAUUAGAGGCUGCAUGAACGAUAUAGGAUGCAUACACCAUGUACAUAUAUCCUUCAUGAUUUAAAAAACAAUUAGAAAACUAAGACAGAAAAGAUAGGAAAAAAAAUUAACACACGAACCUAAUAAAUAAAAUGCAUAAAUACAAACAUUCUCUGAAAACUUUUCCUAUGAGACAUUUGUUUAAAAACAAUCCAUCAUAAAGUAAAGAAUCUCAACAUAAAUAAGCAUGCAAAGUUUCAAUUAUGUAGUUCCAAAACUAUUCCUCCUGAUUCAUCAAUUGAUGUCAGAAAAAAAUAUAAUGAAAAUGCUAUAGUAUAUAAAAGCUGAAAAAGACACAGAAACAACAUUGAUGCAUACAUCAUGAACACAUCCCAAAAAAUUAUUGUUAGGUUGUAAGAAAAAAUUUGGUAUCAAAUGAAAGAUAAUUGAAUGGACUAUAUGUUUGUAAACUUAAUUCUUCAGUUUAACUAAAGGAACAUUAACUAAAAUAAAUUACCACAAAUGACAUCCGAAUAGGUCUAUUGGACCCGGGUUUGAAUAGCGACAGCCAUUUAUUUACAAACAUUCACAUCUUUAUUUUAUACAAGUAGUGGACAAUUGUUGGGGCAGCUAUCUUUUUCUUUUCAGGGUAAAAUUUUGCUUUACCUUCGGUCGCCCCUUUGGUCGCACUCUCUCAAAGUUAACCUUUCCAAAGGAAUUAAUACUAUUUUCAGUUUCAAUUUUUUCGAAAUUAUUUGCAGCAACUGUUUCCUCGUGGGAAAAAUGAAUGUCAUUUAUAUCAACAAAAUCAAUUAGUUGACUUUGAAUGAAACUUGUUUGUGGUUCACCUUCAUCAAGUUGUGACCCCGAUUCAUUUUCAUCUAAAUUUUCAGGACUUUUCCAGAGACUUAUAGUAGUUUCAAGAAAGGAUAUUUUCUCUACAAAAUCUUGUUCUCCUUGCAUCGCCAAAAAAUUUGCCAAGCCCAUACAAAUUCUUUUAGCAUGAUUAAACCGACCCUCUUGAGUCUUAAAAUUAUUGUUUCUAGUAGAUACAAUUUGAGAAGUUACUGAACCACUAGAAGUAGAAGCAACCACUCUAGGAACACUAUGUUUGCUAAAACGGCAUGGAAUUAACUCUGAACAAAAUUCUGGAAGCUGUAAAUGUCUUCGAACUGAAAAAAUAUGUCUGCAAGGUAAUGCCAUCUUUUUAGCAAAUGAACAAUUACAUUGAACUGAUGUUGAGCUAAAAAUACGUUCCUUAUAAGCUACUGAAAAAAGUUCUGCCUCUCCAGGGACAACAGAGUACGGAACAGAUCGUGACAAUUUGAGCUGAUUGAGCAAUAGAGCAGCAGCAAAGGAAGUAGCAACACUUUCAAUCUUAUUUACACUUUCAUCAUUAUCAGAUGACGUAUACUGAGCUGUGUUUGCAGCAAGCAAUCUUAAACGAUCACAUACUGUAAUUUUGCAGUUGUCAAAAGACAUAAGGUUACGAAGAGCAGAUGAAAAAGAAAGAUAAUGAGUCAAACUCUUUUUUAUUUUGGCAUGAUAAGACUCCAAGUGAUUUGUUGUUGUCGCAUGGAGUCUUAAAACAUCAGCAUUGGAUGAUGCUGCCCAUAAAUGGGCCUUACUCCACCAGUUUGACUCAAAAUACUCCAAAGCUACAUCAGGAAGAGUAUUUUUCAUGUCUUGCAUUAACUUUAAAAAUUCAUCACACGACUCAGUAUAAACUUGAGACAUAAAUCCUUCAAGAAUUGGCUUAACAUGCUCAGGACCUACAUGUUUCGAAAGAAACCUGUGCACAGCCUGGUUAAUGUGAAAAUGACAUAGAUUAACAGGUACAUUUGGAAAGAGAUCAUUUAUAGCAGAGAUUUCAGCCAUGUCUUUGUCAACCACAAAGCACUUGAAAAGACUGGCAUCAGAAUUCUUCAGAAGAAGCUGCAAACAAAGAGAAAUAGAUUCCUUAUCUUCAUUUUUUACAAAACCAUGAAGAACAGGAAUGCCCAUGCCCUCUCCAUCAAUAAACAGUGCAGUCAAAAGUGGAUAUAAAUAUUUAUUGGUUUUAUAUGUGAAAUCCAUUAAUAAAACCUCUGGAUAUUGGGCAAUAAUUCUAAUCAUAUCAUCAGUCAUGUAUGAUAAAUACUUAAAUUCCCCACUUUCUGUUAGUCCAUAGGACACACUUCCACCAGCUUGUGAUAUAGAAUGAAGUAUAGAUUAAGUUUCAGUUGCAUCAGAAGAUGAUUUAUUUAUUCUUGACUUAAUAUUGUAAAUGUCCCUGGGAAGCAAAUCCACAUCAUGCUGUUGUUCAAGCACUUGCCGGGCCUCAGAUGCCUGAAUCGUGGUGCAGGACAUCAACAGAAGCGUUGCCGCAUUUAGUUCCACCUUGCGGUUUUCCGGAUACAAGCGGCACAUCUGGAAAAAAAAUACACAAAGGUUACUUUGCAAUAAUAAGUAUUAUGUAAAAAAAUAUGCUCUGCAAACAUUAUUAUUAUUAGUGGUCUUAUAAAAGGUUCCCUUUAAGCUGCGCUGCCGCGCAGCCAUCUCACAGGCGCUGCGCAGCAGUUUUGAGUAUCCGCACAGCAAAUUUCAUUCUAAGUGUGUGUUUGUGUUUCUGGACUGUAAAAUUUUGCACACAAAAAAAUUGAUGCUGUAAAACUUUGCACAUAACUGUAUGAUUUUGCACACAAAACAACAAACCUUAGAGGGAACAUUGGUCUUAUAUAGUGCGGUACCCCAGCCUAGGGCUAGGCUCACCGCUGUGUACAUAAAAAUAACUAACCUUCACCUUGGGGAUAAAUGUUUUAUGUUUAUUAUAUGUCACAAUAAUCAAAAUUAAGAUUAAAACUCUGUCUGGACUAUUUAGAAUUUAUUAAAUUUAAUUAUACUGUUAAAUAGAUUUGUCUUAAUUUUUUUCAAAACCUUUCUAUGGUAAGGGUGGUAACCCUAACCUUAACCAAAAGUUUUCAGUGAUAAAAUUUCUGAGCGCCCUAGAUUGAAUGGGUUAAUGAAUGGUACAAAACAUUCUUUUAAAAUGCAUCCAUCUAAACUCUAUAGUACUAGAGACUAGAGUACCUGUAGGUGACAACAACCUGCCACAAGAAUAAGCUAUUUAUUAUUAUUAUGUAAAUAUUUUUCGCAGCACAUGCACUUACUUCUUUUGAUACUUCAUGGCCAGUAUGUUCAUGCAUUGAUUUGGUAAUUUCUAGCCGAGAUGGAUUUCUCUUGGCAACAAGCUUUAUCUUUGCCUGGCAUCCCAAUUUGAAAGAACUGAAAAAUAUAAAAAUUCUCAACGAAUUGCCAAAAGUGGUAAGGGCUAAUGUAGAGCACGAAUGCCACGGCGUCAUUUGCUUCUUUAUUAUAGUUGCAGUGAAUUAGGGUUCAGGUUAGGUUGAGAGGUCGAUUAAGGGUUCAGGUUAGGCAUCGGCAUAGGCAUAGCAUAGUGAUCGAUUUAGGGAUACAUUAGUCGCGGCCAUCGAUAAAAUAGUGGCAUUCGUCCUCUCCAUUUACCGUGGUAAUAAUCAUUGGCUUGGAGAAAUAAUUAUUACAUGACAAGAACAACUAAAUUUAAAGUUAACCUAUUAUUAUUACUUUAUUACUUACGCUUGUGAUUUUCUUUGGCCUGUUGUCGUUGAAGACUUUGACUUGCGUUUAACGCCUUGUUUGCAACAGUGAAUUAUAUAUUCAUAUUUAAGGUGUUCCAAAUUGGGAUCUUUCAUCUUCUCUGACGAUCUUUUAGUGAAACACACAUUGUGUUCUUUACAAAAAUAAUUCAAUUCGUCUUAAAAAGACGCAUAGGUGUCAAAAUUGCUACCAACCUCCAUUUUUAUAAAAGAAAGCGCGGCAAACUUGUCGAUUAUUAAGCCUCUCGUUCGGAUCAUGUUUUUUUUUCGAUUACUAAGACUUUCGGGUGCGAAUAGUCAUUGGCGAUGAUGGGUACUCGGGUACCUAUAGCCACUUCGAUAUAUAAAAGUGCCGGUACGUCACUGAUCAUUUAUUCGCCCCACCCCCCUCUCCCCUUCCAAUUCUUUCUAGAAAACUGGAUUUAAAUGAAAGCUAAAUAAACUGUUUAACAUUUAGGUUAGCCAAUGUUUUCAGAGUUCCAGUAUCUCAUAAUAGUGAGUAGUAUUUGUUGAUAAUAUAAUAUUAGGACAAGAUCAUUUUAACAUGACCAACUAGAUAGUCUAUUGUAGCAGGUCAUGAUUUUAUUCCCUAAAAUCUCUUUCUUUUGGUUGCACUUGGUAGAAAAUGCUUCCUACUUCUAGAUAUAGAAAAGAAUGUUGCCAGGGGCGGAUUGCCUCUCCCUCCUUUACCACUGCAUGCAGUGCCAUCCAUACAAACAUGGAGAAGGACUGUGAAGUUGGCAUCUGCCAAAACCGUCAACACACUUGAUAACAACUUUUUAAAAUUUAUAAUUAAGUGUGUAUCAUUUAUAGAUGAAAUGUGGUUGAGAGAAUUUUUUAGGAUUUACUCUAGACACAUCUUUUCUUUGGCAUUUUUCUGGUGUCAUGUAUUAUAAUGCAUAAUAUAGGCAGGUCCAACCUGCUUGGUGUUUAGCCCUUAACCUUCAGUAGUCUUCAGGAUUUUAAAACUUUUACAUAGCUAGUCUUAGCAAGUUUUAUUUAUUCUUGAUAUAUUAUACUACAAUAGUAUCAUUAUAAGAAGUAUAGGUAUACUAGGUAUUAUAUAGUCUUAUGUUACAAUUUUUUUAGUUAGGCUUAUUAAAGUCUGUGUAGGCAAUACUAGUGUAGUAACCGGUAUAGCAUAUAGUGCCUUAUAAAAAAUAAUGUACUCUUCAACCAAUAGGGGAUAUAGCUUAGUGAUGUGACCUAAUAAAUAAAGUGUGAUUUUGUGCAGAGAGUUUUCCUGUUUUCUAUGAGUCAGUGAGUCUUCUCACUGGCAUUGAAACACAAUACCAAUGCAAAGUGCCUUUAUUUCACUCCCCAAUGAGUGUGAAUUGCAAGAUGAAUUUUAUUUCUUCUAGCUGCAAACAUGUACAUUUCCUAAGUUUACCAAAUUAUUCAAAAAUUAAAAUUAAUGUUAAAAUUUGUAAUUUAAAAAUAUUUAUUUGUAUUACUCUAUUCAAUGUUCAGAAAACUGUGGAACCGUUUUGAGGGCCUGGUUGGACAACAGGUUUUCCGUCUUCAGGUAGAAAGAGAUACAACUCAGUGUGCAUCUAGUGUGUGCUCUUUAAUAUCAAGUGAAACCUCCAUCUCCGAAAAAAACCAAUCUGAGGCAAAUGAUAACCAAUUACAAAGGAAUUCAAAUGCACUAUGCAACAUGGAUAUGGGACGGCAGCCCCUUUUCGGCAAGUCAUUGUAGGAAUGUUUUAUUAAAAAUAAUAAUGUGUAGAUAUGGUGUCAGUUUAACAAGUCUAUAAUUUGUUCUUUUAAAAUCGUAAAAGAAACAUUUUAAAAUAUUAUUAAAUGAUAUGAUUGAUCGAUUGAUAUAAUAAGAAAAAUAUAAUAAAUAUGCUAGUAUUACAUGUCACCCAAUCUAUGGACAUUUAUCUCUGUAUAAGUCCCUUUCACAAGUCCAAUAUUGAAAUGGUAAUACUGGAAGAGACUGUGAUCAGGUUAGAAAAAAGGAAAUAAGCAAAACAAAAAUGGGAAAACCUGAAACAGAAUGACGCAACAAAAAAAGAAUGUUUUGGCAAGAAGCCUUCAUCAGUAAACCAACAACAGUAAAAAGAGAUUUAAAUAAAAAUUAAACUUAGCUGUAAUGUAGUAUCUGAGAGAGCAGCAAGAGGAAUGUGAUAAAACAUAAGUAGGUGAGAGAUUAAAUACAGGCAAACAGGGACAAAAGAGAGGAAAAGUAAGUCCACUGUCAAUGGUCGUAACGAGGAGGUAAUGGAUAAAAGGUUUAAUGGGUGAAUGAUAACAUGAUAUUCAUGCCAUGUGAUGUCACGGUUCCAUGCGUCUGGAUCAUCUUCUUUUCCAAAUUAACUUAGUUUGGUGUGUUUGUACAGGACACGGCUGUAAAAUCAUCAAAGUCCCAAAGUGGGAGAGGGUGGCAUUGAUGUGAUUUUGCACAUGAAGCUUGUGCAUAGUUUUAUCACGUUUGAAAACAAUGAGAGGCAGGGAAGAGAAAAUGUCAUGGGUAGGGUCGGCAAGGAGAAAUCACCAGGAGAAAUUUGUCUGAUAAAUAUUGAUCAAUAUCAAUGAAAUCUACAUCUCUCUGCAUCAACAGUUAAGCUUCUUGUCUCAGCUUUUCCUUGCUCCUUGUAAAUUUCAGAUAUUUCUUGAUUCAUUUGAGUUUUGCGAAAUUUUUUCUGAAACUGACAGUUGAAAUAGUGAAUGUUAAAACAAUUAUUAUUGUUUCAACAAAGCUACUCAAGCCCUCUUCCACUCAUAAACCCUCUAAAGCACAUGUGUCAAACUCAAGGCCUGUGGGCCACAUCCAGCCCGCCAUACAAUUAUAUCAGGCCCGUGAGGUCUUGACCAGCAUACAAUUAUAUCCAAGUCAACGCUAUGGUGUUUCCCAAUUCCACUUUGCUGAAACACUUAGCUUACUUAGCACCGAGUCAAGCUACCACAACAUCUCAUAAACUGAUUCUCUCCCCACCGCUCAAGCAGACUUAGAUAGGGAAUCACAAUUUGUGCUUUUUGUGGAAGUUCAAAAGUUCAUUUCUGGGGAACCCUAGUGAAUUAUAAUAUCAGUUAUAUCUUGCCGGAAAGUUUUUUUUAUUAUCUAUAUCUUAGUAUAUUGUAAGUCUUUACGUUUUAGAGGAUAUUGUAAUAUUAAACAAAUGAGAGCAUUUUCAUAUUCAAACAUGGGGUUCCCAACCCCUUCUAUUUACUGUAUCUCAAUAAUAAUUUACUUAUAUAAAAUAAAAACGUAUCUUAGAUAGCUGAGAUUAAACGUGUAGAAACAUAUAGAAGUCUUUAGCGGAUCUUGGUCUGGGGUUUCAAUUAUAUUUUUUUAACUUUUUUUCUCACACAUUUUUGGUAUUGCUUCAUUCAUCUUUUAAAAAAUACAACUAUGUUUGUAUUUUAUUAAAUCUGACACAAAAAAAGCCUUUUGAACCGGAAAAAAUGUUAAGAAAAUAUGUAGCUUACUCAAAAGACUUAAUCAAUUUUCUUAUGGCAGUGUUUAUUGGAAAAUUCAAUCGAUAUAUUUUUUAGAAAAUUGUUCUUUGCAUGACAUGUUGGCCUUUGACAGUUUGAAAUCAAAAUUUAAAAUUGUAAUAUGAGGUUGUGAAAUACCUUUCCAACUUUGUCCAUUCCAAUGGACCAACUUAUGCGGAUCCGACCAACUAAAUUAUAUAUCAUUUUGUGAAAUCACAGGCUUGCCAUAUGUGGCCAGAAGCAUGAAUCCUCUUCUCAGCCUAAUUGUAUGUAACUUACGAGAAAUGCAGACUGCUACCUCCCCUCAUGAUGCAUUUGAAGCCUAUGAAAAAGAAAAGGAAAACAAGCGAAAUAUGAACAGUCUGUCUAGUCAUAAUUGUCUUUGUGUCCAAAACUAUUUACUCUUUAGUAAAGUUUGUGUAAUUUUAAAUCGAUCGAUCAAUCUAUCAUUAAAGUUUUUUGCCUCACCAUAUUUAUAAGCCUACCAUGGGCUACUUCAUUUCAAAAGCAUACAUUUCAAUUACUUUAAAAUAUUUAAACUUUUAAAACUGAAAAAAAAUAUUUACCCUAUAAAUAUGAAACCUGUAAAAAAAAUAUAUUUCAAUCAUGCAUAUAGAUUUUUAGUAAAACGAAUAGACUGGCUGUAUUUUAAAAUCCAGGAGUUAUUUGUUUUGUAGCUUUAUUUUAAAUUUAAAUGUCAUUGCCCAUUUCACAGGAGUAUAUAAAAAGUCAUUGAUGCUUGAGAGUCAACUUCAUCAAUACAUUAACCCUAGUCUUGUGACAUCAUUAAAUAGACGGGCAGCCAAAGCCACUUCUGAAGCAGACCUCAUGAUUAAAAUGAUUGACAAAUUACGAAGAGAAGGACGAAAAGUUUGUUUGGUUUUCUAUAUACAUUAAGGGAUUUGUUUGUCUAAACCAGGCCUACGCAACUCAAAAUGUAAGGCGGGCCGUAAUACUUUAUGAAAAACGUGUGGGCGCCAAAAGAAAAUAAGACAGGACUUGUGCGGGCCAAAAGAAAAUUGGUCAGGGGAAAAGAUAUUAAGAAAAUAAUAACAAUAAAGAUCAUUUUGUUACUUCGUGGGUCACAAAGUGGGUGCUGGCAGGCCGCAUGUGGCCCGCGGGUCAUAUGUUGUGCAGGCCUGGUCUAGACAAUUCUUGAUGGUCAAAAAAAAAUUGUGAGAUUGUUUAACUUAACUUAGCAAACCAAUUUUUUUUGUUAUUUCAUUACUGGUUUAUUCAUAUCUUAUAAAUUAAGGCUAUUCAAGUUAUUGUAAAAUAAACUUUUUAACCUCCCUUACCUUAUUGUAAUAAUUUACUUUCCACCUUUCCUCUCACAAAGAAGCACACCACAUUUAAAUGAGGUUUUAAUACAGUCCUCAAAGCUUCAAGAAUUUUGGCCUUUCAGCAAAUUUGUCAAGUUUAACAUAAAUUAACCAGAAGGGCAAUCAUUUAAAAAUUUGUUCCCCCAUUUUGAUUUAUUUGACAUAAUAUUAUGUUUUUGGAAAAAUCAUUACACUAUUUGUAUUUCUCUGUCAUAAUUUAUAAAGUCAGCCAAUGAUAUUGAAGCCAGAAGAAGAACCUGUG